AUGUCCCUUCAACUGUCUUCCCCGCAGCAGCAGCAGCAGGAGCAGAAUCUAAAGUUUUCAGUUUUGUUGCAGCAACCGGCACUGCGGCCAGUGUUGGAUGAACAGCAGUUGCAGGAGCUCCACCACCAAGGUCGCGCGUUUGCGGUGACCCGGGCCUCAAAUAUUAACAGGGAUUCGCUGCUGCAGCUGCAAGAGCAACACGAGUGUCAGCAACGGAAUGUGCAAAAGGAAAUGAUACCUUGCCCUGGAGGCUGCGGAGAGGCCUUUUGUUCUGCGAAAUGCCUACAGAGCGACUUCAUACAUCAUCAACUUUGUGUGGGGAGGAUGAAUGAAGGGGAUGCCCUUGUGGCAUUCAAGCGCUUCGCAGUAGAGCAUUGUGAGAACCUCCUUCUGGUUGCUGCAGCAAUUGUUUCAGCAGCAACAGCAGCAGCUGCAGCUUGCAAUUCUACAAUUGCACCAGGAUUAGGGGUAAAUGAUGCUGACGUCGUUACAGGUGCCAUGCAGCUGCUACGGUUGUUGCUAGAACACCAGCACGAGCUGUGGCAAGAAGAGAAGGCCAAUACAGAUUUUGAGCAUCGACCUCCAGCGACCGAAGAAGAAACAGAUGAUGAGGCCACAGGGGAACGAGAACUCAGCCGCGCGGAGAUUGUGGAAAGAGGGGCUGCGUUACUGCUGUUGGGUCUGCAGGAGGCGUCUGGGGUGUAUGCGCAUCUAGUAUCACCGUCCCUUGUUUCGAAGCUUCUCUCCCUUUUCGAGCGCUGUAACUCAGAUCUCGACACGCCCAACCCUCUUAAUUCAUUUUUCUGCUUUUGUUCGAUGCUGCCCUCUGGCAAGAACUCAAAAGAUCUCCGGUUGUUGCUUGUGGAGAAAGAGACAGUUUUGGCUGCUGUCUUUGGCGAGCAAAACGAAGGGGACACAUACAACGACGAAGAAGCAGAUAGGGACACCCAGAACACAUCAGAGUUAUCAGCCUGCGCCGCAGGCGCACCAGCAGGAGCGGAAGCAGCAGGUACGCAGCUGCAUAGGCUGCGUCAGGUGUACAUGCAGCAGCAACUGUCUAAGCUCUGUCCCCCGCCAGUAGGUGAAGGUCGCGAGUUUCCCGCUGUGAAGCGAACGGCGUUCUUCUGUUCAGUUGCCCGAGUGAACCAUAGUUGCAGCCCGAAUAUGGAAAUAGAGUGUGCCCACACUCCAAGUGGAAGCCAGAUGUUGCUCAGGACCUCCAGAAACGUUCAACAAGGAGAAGAACUCUGCAUCUCGUAUAUUAAAGACCUUACCUUCUUAGAAAGAAAAGCACGGAGACAGAGAUUAGAGGAGUUUGGCUUUGACUGCAGCUGCGCCCACUGCGCCCAAGGUCUAUAG